GUUUUCGGAAGUUGAAAAUGAUAUUGUUACAAAACUUUUAGCUCUAAAGUCUAAAGACAACAUAGGCUACAUGAUACACUUUGUCGUUAUAUACAUAACUCGAUAGAGUCUAAAUUCUUGGUUUUAAAGUUAACAAGACUAGCAAUGUUUAUUUUAUUAACUUGAAAAAAAGUACAAAAGCUCAUUUCUUUGAAUGUAUUACAUUUGUCAUUUGGUUUGUUUGAUCAAGAGUUUAAAUCGAAGGAAUGCCAUGUGAUAAAAGGCCUAUCAAAGAAACGUAUUGAUCUACAAGUUUAUUGCUUGUGCAAGUGAUCGUGUCUUAAAAGUUAAUGAUUAUUGAACAGCUACCCACUAUCACAAUAAGCCUGAUGAAUGCAGUUUCUUCAUCAAAACAGCCACUAACAGAUAUGUGAAAACAGAAAAGAUGGAGUUUGUUCCUUUGUGUACACCAUUCAAUUAUGGUUUAACAUUUUAUUUAAUUUUUCUUGGAUUGUGUAAUGGAUUUACAGUUGAAUUUACUGUUCAAGACAAUUUGUGUUUAUCACAACAUUCAUCUCAUUGGUACCAAGGAUGUCACGUGAAAACUAAUCCAGAUGCUGAAAGACAUUGGCGUACUCCAAUAAGUCUAGACCUUUGUUCCAGCCAGUGUAGGAAAGAAGGGUUCAAGUUUGUGGCAAUGAGUGUGUACACCUGUUACUGUCUAAAUAAAAGUGAGGAUUAUAAAUCUACGGGAGAGCAUCUCUGUGUGAACAAUUGUAAGGAUUCAAAGCUCCCAUGUGGUGGUACAACCAAUAAUACUUUCAGUAUUUACUCAUCAUCUGGUCCAUUUAUUGAAAGUGUUCAACUACAGACACAAGUAGUAGAGCCCAAUAUGCCAGUAUCUCUUCAGGUCAUGAUCAAAAUGAACAAGUUUGUCAAUACAUCAAAAGAACCCUUGUUACAUUCUAAAUGGGAGAAUACACUGGAGUUAUUGUGGCUGACCAGGUUUACAAGUGGAUCUGUGAGGAUCACACCAAAGGGUUCACAUGAAAUGGCUGCUUGCACUUUGGCAUUUCCUAGCUCAGGAAAUUUCCAUAUAGAACUGACUGCUCGAAACCUUGUGUCCUUUUUGAAGUCUAACUUGACUGUACAUGUUGUUACACGUCGUCACAAGCUUACAGAUAUCGAGUUCUCUGUCAUAGGAGACACGCAGCCUUCAUGCAGGCACGCUCUGACAAAUUGGAGGGACGUGAGUCGAAAUGGCAAGAACGUCCUGGUGACAUCCAGUUCAGGCACAAGUGUUGGUACCCAGGGCACUACCGUUUUGGCCAACAGUUCUACACUUCUGGAGAUUGCGGCCUCAGGGAGCAAUUUGAAGUUUGACAUCAGCUUAUGGAAUGGGAUCACUUGGAAAAAGUUGUCGAGGAAGAUGUACAAAGAAAUGGACAGUUGCACGACUAAUGUCAGCUGCAAAAUAACACAGCCAUUUCGUUCACAGAAAAGUGGCAUAUUCACAGUUAAUGCCAAAGCUAGCAACGCCCAUGGCUCAAGAGAAAAGAAUUUUACUAUUGUAGUACUGGGCAACGAAGAUGUACUAGCCAAUAUAAUUACAGACUCAGGUAUUAUUCCCUCUUAUAAACUAACCAGUUUGAAUAUUUCCUUGAUAUCUGCUCAACUAAACUACAGUUUUAUCACGCUUCACUAUGGUGACGGCACACAUUCAACAGUCAGAAUUUCAGCCUUCCUCACUAACUCGUCGCUAGAGACACCAACCAGAAACUCUAAAAAUGGCUGCAACUACAGCUUCCGUUUUGAUCACGUGUUCAGAUCUGAAGGGAAUUUUUACCCAAUCGUUUAUCUUGAAAAUGAAGCAUCGUCUGUGCAAUUCAAUUUGACAAGACCUCUAAUAGUUUUGAACUAUCUGUCUAGCAUAAAGCUAGAGUUCCCUCCCGUUUGGAUAGUCAACAAGACGGUAAAGCUAAAUAUUACAGGCAUAAAUUCUGUGAACGUGUCUAUAUCGUGGACAGUACUCGAUACUAUUGGUAAAACUUAUCAUAGUGAAAUAACGAGCCUUGACUAUAUUUCUUUGGUCUUUACGCAAAUAGGACAAUACGAGAUAACAGUGACGGUAUUUAAUCUUCUGAGUAGCCAAAGCGGAAAAUCUUACAUCAACAUUCAAGAGCCGUUAGGUAGUCUUAGUUUACAAUGCAGCGAAGAAGGGCCGUAUCUUUUGGUUGAGCAAGAAUUUCAGUGCAAAGUAACGAUAAAUAAAGGCAGUGAUUUCGAAUUUUAUUGGACUUUUCAGGACCAUUCCAGAGCAGCCCUAAUUACGAGCAAGAAUCGCUCAUCUAUCGCAGAGUACAAAUACACCAGCCCCGGACAUUAUAAUGUCAGUGUCCUCGUUAACAACAGUGUCAGCAGUGAAAGAAAAUGUGUACAGUACACGGUACUUGCUCAUGCUCCAUUACGAUGUCUUAAUUUUAGAACCAGCUCUGCUCCACCUGGUCAGCCUGUCAAUAUCUCUGCCGUGACUUUGAGUGGUGCCGAUGCGAAGUUUGUCUUCAAGGUGAAUUCUGUGGAGUUGCUGACCCCGAAUCUCGUCACGGUCCGUGGUGAACAAACAAUAGGUUUUGUCUUGUGGACGUCUUCUUUGGCUGGGCGUUACACGGCGACUGUAUCUGCAUUUAAUCAGUUUUCAAAUAUCUCCCGAUCAACAGACGUUUUGAUACAAGAACUAGCGCCUGAUUUUGGUAUUCAACUUCUAACUGCACACUUUCCCUAUUUGACUUUUGUUUUGAGGAAUGCCUCGGGUCACACGUUGGUCAGAGACGAUCUGUUGUAUAUCUUCAAAUUCUACGACGGAGACAUACGAUCAACACGCGUACCUGUGGUAUCCAGGGAGGUCAAUCUGCCCCAGUUCUCACAAUCGUCAGGUGUGAAAGUCUGGAAGGAUUGCCAGGAAGGCCAAAACGUGAUCGUCCAGGUCACUGCAUCCAACCAAGUUGGACAGACUUGCAGAGGGCUAACAUUUCUAGAUAAUGAAAGCAAUGCUGAUAGAUUGGAAAGGCGGAGGCUGGGUAGGAGGAAAAGUCGGAGGAAGAGGAGAAAACCCACACUUUGGCAUUCAACUUUUGUAAGGUCAAAUGAAUACGCAUCUUUUCACUUAGAAAAUAAAUCUGAAGAUUUGACAUCUUUACAUGUUAAUUAUGGUAAUGGAUUCUCUGCUAAUGUCACGUGCUUGAACGACAGUUGUAGUUGGGACCACAAACUUCAGGUCCCAGGUGUGUUUGCGCUUGACGUCUCCUUAUACGGCCGAAGAGCAGACCGCAACGACCAAAGUUUGCGCUCGGUGCUUGUGGUGGAGGAGCCAAUCAAAGGUCUCCAGCUCCUUGGGCCCACUGACGCGGGUAUCGAAUGUGAAAUCAGCUGGCAGGCUAAGCUGACUUCUGGAACUCAUCUUUUGUAUGUCUGGUCUAUAGAUGGUGUCACACAGCUUCCGUCUACAGAUGACAAGUUCACUCAGAGCUUUUCCAGACCAGGCACUCAUACCCUUCAUGUCAAUGUAUCCAAUGAGGUCAGCUCAUCACAAGCCUCCAUAACAUUUCAAGUCAAAUACCCCAUUGUCAAUGCCUCCUUGAGUAUCCAGCCUGUCCUUCUUGGCAAUGAAACAAAUAUCGCUCUUAAAGUACAGGGUGGGCCAGAUUUCAUUAUUACUUGUGACUUUGGAGAUGGUCUUCAGAAAACUAUCACACCCUUGUCUGAGACCAAGCAGGAAAUAAGUCACAAUGGGAAGGCAACUUAUGAAAACCAGAUUCCUGUAUUUGAUGUGCAUAUUUCACACAUUUUCCCAAACCUUGGAAUAUACAAAGUUGUUGUCAUACUUUCCAAUGGAGUUUCAUCAGUGAGACGGGUGGAGUGGGCUAGGGUGGAGGAGCCCAUUGGCAAUGUGACACUGUACACCAAGACAUUUCAGCUGUAUAUACAGGACGAACUAGAGGUGAUUGCUGUAGUCAGCUCAGGAAAAAACCUGAAAUUUUCUUGGGAUUUCUCAGACAACUCUAAGACUUUUGUCACAAGUAAAGGCAACAAAAGCAUAGCAAGACAUUUAUUUGACAUACCUGAUAAAUAUAAAGUUAGUGUGACUGUUUCCAACAACCUUCAGCCUUUGGGCAUCAAGGCCAGUCUCACUGAAAGUGUGGAUGUCAUAGAUAAAAUAACAUUGGCAUCAAUAAGUCAUUUACCUGAAUCCAGUGCUGACCCUUCACCUCUCAAUACAGCUAGCUUAUUUUUGCUCGCCAAUGAACAGUUUGCUACUAGAAAAGUCAUUUUUGAGGCUAAAUCCAAUGGCGCACCUGUGCAAUUUACUUUUGACUUUGGAGAUGGUCAUUCUUCUACUGUGACUGGCAAUGAAGACAUAAUAAUGAGAGUAAUGAAAGGAAGAGCUGAUCAUGUUUAUACAAAAGAGAAUGUAUAUUUGGUACAGUUAACAGCUUUCAAUGUAUUAAGCAAUGUGACAGUCAACCUACCAGUUCCAUUUUAUGUUCAGAUUCCACCAAUUGGUUUAAAGGCUAAUAUGAGCAACAAGUCCUGCCUUAGGUUAGGGGAGACAUUGGUGGUCUAUGCCAGCAUUGAGGCAGGAACUAAUGUCACUUACACAUGGAAGUUGCAAGAGAAGUCUGACAUGAUUCUUAAAGGAAAUUUGUUAGAGCAUCAGUUCAACACUGUGGGACCUGGAAGUAUUGAACUUGAAGCUUCCAACAAAGUUGGAAAAAAGUACCUGUAUCUGGAAUACAAUGUUAGAUCAGAAUUAAUCGGUUUAAAUAUAAGUGUCAAUACAACCAUCACAGCCACAGGACAAAGCAUAGAUCUUGUAGCCAUGAUGAUUCCAACAUCUGCCAAGCAGGAAUCAUGGGAGCAUGAAUGGAUGUUUACUUCUAAUGACUCAGUCAAGGCAAUUCAGCAUCAGAGCUUCACCAUUAAAACCCCUAAUGAUAGAUUGAACCAUGCUUUUAUGAAGUCCGGGAGAUAUAUCAUACAAGCCAAAGGAGCCAACUGCUUGGGAUCUGUGUUGUCAGCUCCAAUCUCUAUCCUUGUGAUGUCUCCGCUACAAAGUUUGACCAUUACCAUGAUAGGAGAUGCUGUGGUAAAUGCAUCCAUCAGGUUUAAAGCAGACUAUUGGCAAGGAGACUCCCUUCAUUUUACUUGGGAUUUUGGGGAUGGAACUUAUGUGAAUAAUACACUAAUCAGUGAAGUCACUCACAAGUACUCAGAGAUCAGAGAGUACAUUGUACAACUUGUAGCUGUAAAUCCAGUGAGCAGUGGCCGAGCAUUCAGAAAAGUCUUUAUUUUGAAUCAACCUUGUAACCCACCAGUAGUGCAAAUACUAAGAAAUGUGAAUCCAAUACAAAGAUCUGAGUUGAGCUUCCUGCAGUCAGAGCCUGUAAAAUGGGAUACAGAAAUCAGAUUAAAUUGUAGCCUGUCUAAUCAAAUCAAGUAUCGGUGGAUGGUAGUAGAAAGAGACAGCAAAGCUGUUAUUCCUUUGAAAUUUCCUAAGCUAAACCACAAUGUGAUGAUGAAGUAUAUGCAAUAUCCAAUGCUUUACCUUCCACCAUGGACACUGAAGGAUGGGAAAUAUGUAAUCCAUUUAAAGGUUGAGAUGACCAAUACAACGAUUCCAGUCUAUACAGAAGAAGAGGUGGACUUUACCAUUAUUCCUACUCCCAUUGUCAGCAACAUCUUAGGAGGAGUCUAUCGUAGUGUUGGAAGUAAUGAUAUUAUAAAACUGGAUGGGCGCAAGUCAUAUUAUCCUGACAACACUUCUGCAUUAUUAAGGUAUUCCUGGAACUGUGAAACUCUACUGUACAGCAAUUACAAUUGUUCAGAAGCACUCACUUCCAAGAAUGUGUCAAUGAAUGAUCCCCUCCUUGCUUUUCCAGCCAGCUGGCUUAACACUAGCAUAGGCACAGGGUUCAUAUUUCAACUAAAGGUCUCCAAACCUGAUCUUGAAGAGGCAGUGUCUGACCAGGUGAUCAAUGUUGAAAGUGCAGAUAAUGUACUUGACAUACAUUUAGAAUGUCCCCAGUGCUGGAGAAAUAAAACUAAUCCAGAUCAAAAAGUGUCUAUUCGUUCUCAUUGCCAAAAAUGCUCUAAGAAAAACCUAACCUACAAGUGGGAAGUCUACCGUUUUAAUAUUGAAACAGGACUUCCAGGAAAUGAUCUACCAGCCAAUUGUACAUUUCUGAAUGACUCUCAGUCUCACCAGUUGAAGCUUGGCACUACUGUUAAUCCAUUUAUCACAGUGGCUCACAAUGAAAUGUUCACCACCUCAGACAAUAUUUUCACUACUACACCCACUACCUUGAGAACUGAAGGAAAAAAAACAGAUAGACAGGUUCUAAAAUCUCAGACAUCUCCUAUUAUGAUAGUGGAGAAAAAGACUGGAAGCAGAAGUAAACAAGGCUAUGGGGCCAACUGGGGGAAUGACACAGAACUUCAUCAUAGUGAUUUAGUGGAUCCAAAGGAGCAGGUCCAUGUAGGUGGAAGGCCAGUGCCAGGUACAGAGCACCAACAGCCAGAAGCUACCACAACCACAAUAGACAAAUUGCAGCCACCGACUGUUCCCAGUUGGAUGCCCAAACAUAUAGUCCAACAAAAGGAGUUGCCCAUCUUCAUCAGAGAGUCAGAGACAUUCACUGGACUGGACAAACCGUCCCUAGUUCUCAAACCUGGUGUACUGAAACAGGGCCUCGCUUAUCUCUUUGUCUUGACUGCCACUUCUUUAGAUGGAUCCAAGGGUAAGGCCGAGAUCUACUUAGAAGUGAAUAAAGCUCCAAGUGGAGGAAGAUGUUCAGUUCGUUCCCACAGAGAAUCCUUUACUAUUUUCUGUAACGGCUGGGGAGAUGAGGACAUUCCAUUAGUGUAUGAGAUUAGUUACACAAUGAGAAAGGGAUCCUCGGAAGAGCCAUCCAUCAUUUACCAGGGACUCAGACAUAGCAUUAAUGUCAGGACACCCAGGAGCAGAUACCCAGUUGCUCUCAAUAUCGCAGUGCUGGACAGGUUGGGGGCGAAAACAAGGAUCUGUAGCAUCCCAAUUCCAAGCGAGCUGCGCCAGACUCAGGAUGUGACUGGGGCUCAAACAGAUGUCCUCAUUCAUGGCAUGCUGAAUGAAACCUACGCAUUGCAAGACUUCACUUCACACUCUAUCUUUGAGGGGACAAGCCAUGACUUAUUUGGCCCUCUGACUCAGCUCGCACUACGACUGAACGAAUUGACAACCACUGGACAACUUGAUAGUGCAAUUCGAGCGAAUAUUUUAAGCAGCCUUGGCGAUGUACCGAUACGUAAUGAGGUUGAAGUGAUUCAAGCCUUAAGAUGCCUGGUUGAAAUAACUGCUCAAACGACUCAGUUGAAUCCAGGAGGAUUGCUGACGGUAACAUCUCUAUUGAAAAACUGCAUUCUUCAAACGCAGUCCAUCAUUGCUGCCACCAAUGUCAGCGGAAACACCAGGGGCCUGAAUCCCCACAUCCUGAAGCUUGCAGUCCGAGUUGUCUCCAAUUUGCUGUCUGGCAUCCCCAUGAACAAAACAGCACCAAGUAUACUGAACAGUAUAAUCGAAGACAGUCUGUUGGCAAUCAAUAAACUGAUUGAGUUAGAGCUCCAGUACCAUUCUUUAGGUGAGAGACCUCUAGUGGUUCAAGAUGGUUUUCUGUUUUUGAAUGCUUCACACUACAGUGUGGAUGACCUUUGGCCUUUGGCUGUGGAUGGUGUGUUGUUUCAGCUUCCUGUCAGCUUUGGAGACUACCUGCAAGGUCUGAGCAAAACAAAUGUGACAUUGAUAGAGUUGGCUGGUGGAAGUGUGGAUACCAGUUUGUCUUAUGAUUACCAGCACAAUCAGCGAUGCUUCCAAUCCAGGGCAAUGUCCUUCAGCAGCCUCUAUGCAGGUGCUCUUAUCAAGGACACUGAAUUGAUCCAUUCAGAUAUUGUCUCCAUUGAGAUUUACACAUGUUCUGGUAAUAAUCUUGUCCAUGUACACCAUUUGCCUGAAAAUGACAUGGUUCACAUCACCAUACCAAGGAAAGAUGCACAAGCUCAGAAUGCAUCUACCUUGAAGUACUACUUGGACAAAAGCAUGGUGAACAUUCAUCAGAUUAAUGCCACUCCACCAAAAAUCAAUUAUGACAAAACAGAAGAGGAGGAAACAGGAUUCUCACCUCCUUAUCUCCAACUUCACAUACAGUUUGACCCUGUUAUGAGUGGGCGUUUAUUUCCUGUCAUGGUUAUUAUCAGUUCUCAAAAGCCUCCCUACAAUCUGAAAACUCAUGUAUUCAAGAAGCAGUACGAGGGUAACACUUCUGAUAUCAAGAUACCUAUACCAAAAGGCUUUUAUAAAGGAAGUCAAAACUAUUUUAUCAGCUUGGUAGAAGCCUCCCUGAACUCAGGAAGGAGACACAGUGAUGAAAUCAAAGGUCGCUACUACACCUUGAAUGUUUGGUGGGGAUCAUGUCUGUAUUGGAACCAUACACUUAAUAAGUGGGGUAGCACUGGUUGCCAGGUCUUGCCAACUUCCAGCAUUGAUGCCCUUCAUUGCAAGUGCAGUCAUUUAAGUACUUUUGGAGGUUACUUUGAACUGAUACCUAAUGAAUUAUUUUUUUCCUUUGUGGAUGAAUUUUUCAGUCUUCAUGAGAAUCCUGUGGUGGUCAUACUUGUGUCUUUGAUUCUUGUGGUCUAUGGUUUACUCAUGGUUGUGCUGAAGCAGGCUGACCUUCAUGAUAUCAAAAAAGGCAACUGUGUCUACCUCCAGGACAACACAUCCUCCCAUCAACAGAAAUAUGAAAUAAUAAUGGAGACUGGAUUAUGUCGAUCUGCUGGGACCACAUCCAGAAUUAGUAUGAUACUACAUGGAGAAGAAGGGAUGUCGGAGACCAGAGAGCUUAUUAGUGAGGAUAAUCGUCCAAUGUUUGAAAGAAACUCCAGGGAUCGAUUUAUUAUGACAUUGCCAAGUAGUCUUGGUAAAAUAUUUAAAAUUCAGUUAUGGCACAACAACACUGGCUCAUCACCGGGAUGGUUUCUACGCCAAGUCAUUGUAAGAGAUCUGACCGCUGGUCAAGCAUUCUACUUCCUGUGCCAGAGAUGGCUAGCAGUGGAUAAAGAGGAUGGGAAAGUUGAAAGAGAAUUCACAGCUAUAGAUGGGAAAAAUAUCAGUUUUAGCUUGAUAUUCUGGUGCAAAGGACUACAAUACUUGAGUGACUUUCAUAUAUGGAUGUCUAUAUGGACCUGCCCAGCCCACAGUCGCUUCACUAGAGUUCAACGUCUGACUGUUUGUCUUACACUCAGUCUGUCUUACAUGUGUUUGAAUGCUUUGUGGUUUCAUAGAUCUCCUCCAAAAAUUCGUGGUGAAUUUGGUUUACUAGAUGUGUCAUCUCAUAAUAUUAUUGUUGGAGCUGCUUGCUGUGCUAUUAUGCUGCCUCUCAAUUUAUUGCUCAGCUUUUUGUUUCGGAGAAGUAAGGUUCAGUACCCAGACUAUGAGGAAGACAAAGUCUCAGUGAAUGGAAAGUCUGUGUGUGACUUCUCCAAUGAUGUAGAAGAUGAGAUCCCACAAGCAGCUGUCACCUACUCCAUCUUGGAUCAGUCUGUACUCAACUGGCAAAACAUUCAAGACUGGGCACAAAAGCAAUGGUUAAAACGUCAACAGCCUGUUCGAUCUAGUCAUAACAGUGUUAAGACAACACAAACAGCCAACCAGUUCUCUGGACAGUCAACAGCUCCAAUAGUUCAACAAACUCUUUUAGCAGAAGAAAAUGAUCAAGCAUCCAGUGGAUUUGAAGAUGCCACUAGCCAGGUAACUGCAGAGAGAAACCGUAUCAAAGCUCUGUCAGAUGCCAGCUCAGAUGGCAGGAAAUCAAAAAAUGUAGAUCACUGUGACAUUCUGACAGCCAGCAGAAGGUUCUUUCUCCCAUUCUGGUGUAGAUAUGUUGCAUGGGUCCUUUGUUUUCUCAUAUGUUGCGCUUGUGCCACGCUAACUAUCUUGUAUGGCUUUAGGUUUGGUCACACUAAAAGUGCUAUGUGGAUUCAGUCUGUCUACUUCAGUUUUAUGAUCUGUUUAUUUAUAGCACAACCAUUCUUGAUUUUGUUGAUAGUGUUGUACACUGCUUCAUGUCAUCGUAACAACCCUUCUGUAUUUGAUCACUAUGAUGAUGGCUUCUAUGGAGAGAAAUCCCUGUCUGACUGUUGGUCUAAGCAAGUGAAUCACCUUCCAGAGCCUGACGAAGACUUGUUGAGAGGAGUAGCAGAAAGGUCAAGGUCUAGAUAUUUACGAUUUGCUGGUCCACCUCAAGAAAAGAAACUCAGGUCGUCCAGAAAGAAAUUAAUUAAACAGAGACGAGCCAUGACUUUGAUUAGAGGCUUGGGAACUUUUAUCUUUAUGGUUGUGCUACUGAUGAUUAUAGCCUUUGGAAAAGAUACUUCAGUUCCCUACCAUAUGAAUAAAUCACUGAAAAAUAUUUUGACCUCAGAGAACAGUUCAAAUAGUUCUUCUUUCUUGAGGCUGAAGUCUCAGCUGUCCUGGUACAAGUGGAGCCAAAAUGUUUUACUGGAAAGUUUAUACACUCAUUUCUCUGUUGGAACUGAACCCCAGACAAUGCUAGAGAAAUGUGCUCAUAUUAUUGGCCAUGUGCAGCUGAGACAGAAGAAACUCUGUCCAAGAAACAAACAACUGGAUGAAGAGGACUGCUCUCCUGUGUCCAGGCACAUGGAUCAGAAAUUUGCUGAGAGUAACACAAGCAGUCAGACAUGGAACCCUAAAAUCUGGGGAGAGUUUGACAUGUCAGGCCAAGUGAUUCAGCUGAAACAUUCAAGAAAAGAUGCACUGAGCCAGCUGCUAAAGUUGGAAAGUGACAACUGGAUUGAUCUGUAUACACAAGCUGUAAUGGUGGAAAUGACUCUUUACAAUGUUGUGACUAAUUUAUUCAGUUCAGUUACUCUGCUUCUAGAAGUUGGUCCUGCUGGUAACAUCUUGACAUCAGCACACAUUAGAUCCACAUAUGUCUUCCGCUAUAUAACUUUAUGGGACAAUUGUAUCUUAGGAUGUGAGAUGCUAUACAUUGUUGUCACUCUUUGGUUACUGUCUCAACAACUGAAACAUCUGAUCAAGAUGAAGAAAGCUUAUUUCUAUCACUUCUGGAAUUAUAUGGAGUUGCUGUUAAACACAUCCUCCACUCUGUACAUCCUGUUCUACAUCUACCGGUUUGUUCUGGUCUCAGAGGCAGUGGAGAUGAUGAGAAGCAGUUUUUAUGAGCAGUUUGUUAACUUACAGUUCCUGACACUUUGGGAUGAGUGCAUCCGUGGUUUAGUGGGGCUUGUACUCUUCUGUGUAGUAUUGAAAGCCUUGCAAGUAUUAAGAUAUCAUCAGACUUUUUGGAGAUUUCAGACGAUUUAUCGCAGAAGCAAAAAUGAGUUACUACUGGCAGGGAGCCUUUACUUUGGUUUCGUGAUGUCUUUUGCUUCAUUGAGUACUUGUGUGUUUGGUGCCACUGUCUACAGCUUCCGAUCACUCUGGUCAAGUAUUUAUACUAUCUCUGCUGUGUCUGUCCAUGCACUGAACUGGCCUAAUGUCCAACUGCUGGGAAUAAAUCAUCACCUGGAUCUAGUUUUGUUUUUUAGUUUCACUCUAAUCCAUGGAUUUAUUGUUACAUAUGUGUUUGUAGUGCUAAGCCACAAGUUUCAGAAAACCAAAAAGUGCCACGUGUUAGCCAUGCCUGCCUGUCAGCUCUUCUCAUUCUACUGGGAACAAUUGAAAUGGUUUGGUAGCCAGCCACAGAUAACACACACUGAACAAACAGAUAAUACACUGCCUCCAGAGUUCACAAUGGCAGAAAUAUUGUACCUUGUGGAGGAAUUACUAUUCCGAAUGAAUGCUUUGCUUGGAACAUCUGGAUUACCUGAUAAAAGAAGCAGCUUCACAGACUCAGAUUCAGAUCAUAAUGCUGGCGAUGAUGGUAUUUCAACAGGAGCAUCUGAUGACCAGAACGUUCCAGUUACACCCAAUAUCUUACAAGAAGAGAACAGACUGGAACACAGAGUGCAAAAGAUAGAAGAUAAGCUCUGUUCCAAUGAGCCUUAUUUGGCUCAGUUAUUAAAGUUGGACAGCAUUGGGACUGAUAUACUAUCUGAGGAAAAAGAACAAGAGUUAAGGUCUCACUUGGAAUUUGAAAUAUUCCGUCAACUACAAUUACAAAGACAAGAGUUAACUAUGUUUAAUUUUCCAGCCUCUAAUCAGGUGGCAUGCGCUUUAGUUGAGACCCCUGCCACUAGAUACAGUGGACUCUUUAACCUUGGGGCUUGUUCACUUCCUCCAGACUUGAGUGCAGAUACUAGCACACUGGUAGGCACAAACAGGUUGAAAGAUCCACAACAGACUUCAACAAAAACCAGCCCAGAGUCCCAGUCUUCAGGGCAGGAUUCUCCUGCAGAAGAGUUGAGGCUUGUGAAAGAGCUCUGCCUCCAGCAUCAAAAGCCAGUUCUGUUCUUGCCUCCCAAGAGGAGCCAGAGCCUAAAGGUUCCAGGCAAACAAGCCAGCCCCAAUGAUAAAACACAGAAACAAUGGCUUGAGAAUGAUUUGUCUAGUGAUGGCCACCUCAGGGUCAAGCUACAAAGAGUGGCAUCUAGCUCAUUGAUUCAGAAAUACCCUCACAUUCAAGUAGCUGACAAGAGAGAGACACAAUCCCACAACAACAGUUUAGAUAAGAAAUCAAAAGUUCACAAAGAUAUUCCUGGACUGAUCAAAAUGAAUAAAGAUGAGGACCUUGUCAGAAAACAAGAAACACAUCAAAAUUUGCAACUUCUGAGCAAUGCUCAGAAUCCAUCUUCAGGAAAUGUUAGCCCACAGAGUUCAGAAAGUGAAAGAGGUCAUAAACGAACUGACUCUUCCUCAGGUCAGUCCGGUCAUGAACGAAACGAUGCAUCAAAACUUGUGAGCAAAAAACCAGAACUUCCACCGAAACCCACCUUUGCACUGCGAGCAACAGAUUCCAUGAAAUCAGGGCGCAGUCCUAAAACUAAGCAAUAUUCUUUCAGCUCAGAUCUGAUGUGUGCUGAGUCAAGCUCUGGCUCUGAACAAGAAGCUACCAUGUUUAGUAAAAGAACUCUUCAAGGAAGGAGAAACCUCAGGAAAACUAAGUCCAGGGGCAAGGGGAAGGGGAAUGAAGGAGGAAUUAGUGCCCCUUUGGUCUUAGAGGCAGAUUUCGGAGGAGGAAUUAGUGCCCCUUUGGUCUUAGAGGCAGACUUUGGAGGAGGAAUUAGUGCCCCUUUAUCUUUAGAGGCAGAUUUUGUUUCAGCUGGGGAAACUAGUGCCACUAACUUUGAUAUAAUUAUUCAUCCUGUUCCCUCGGGUAUCAACCCUGAUGAUCAUACAAUGCCAGAGGAACUUCUGUAGUCGCAUUCACUCCUAAAAUAAUCAGAAACCAAACCAACAUUGAACUUCAAUAGACAAGGUAUCCUAUGAACCACUGUCCCAACUGAUCCAACAAGACAACUGUUGCCAUGAAACAUGGGAUCUGUUUAGAAUCAUUUGUCAACUUUCUUAUCUGUAAUUUAAUGUUAAAUGUACCUGUCUUAUUUUGUCAGGCUACCUGAGUUCCUUACACACUCACUAGACAAGUGAAGAAUUAUCAUUAGGUAAUAAUAAUGCAUUAUAUUUUUAAAAUGAUUUUAUGUUACAUUAAAUUAAUGUUUGAAUAUUUACAUUUUAUUUAUUAUUUUAUAUUAUCUUUUAUUUUGAUAUUUUAUUUGUAAAUUUUUCAGUUCUCUCAAUAUGAUAUUAAGAUGGAAACAUCUUUCUUAAAACUCUUUAUUAUUAUUUUUCUGGAGAAAAGGUACUUCUCUUUUAUCUAGUUAAAUAAGAAAUUGAUAUCUGAAACAAUUUUCUGAACUUUGUGUCCAUUCAGACAUUACAUGGAUAAGGGUGGGGGGUGUGUAGAAAUAUAUUUUGUUUCAUGUGUAAUUGUCAUAGAGAUUUAAGGUUUCAAAAACAUUUGUUUUGGUUAGUUAAUACCACUUUUGGCUUCCAGUGAAUGUUAUUUGAUUGUAUGCAACAAAGUGUCCACUAGAUGGAGCUGAUGACUCCAUAACAUUGAAAUCUUUCUACACUCAAUGACAUUCUUGUACUUGCAUCUCCGUCCUUAUUAGUCACUUUAGUCUGGAUUAUCCACUACAGUACUAAAUAUCCAUUACAUUGAAAAAGUCCUGAACUCAUUUUAAACUGUGUCUAAAGAUUUUACCCUUGGAUUUGUUAUACAAGUUUUUGAAUGUUUACUUUUUUUUUUUUCAAAUAAGAAAACAAAAAACUAUGUACAUGAAGGUUUGGUUUAUACUAAUAAAUUGUAUUGACUUUCUGAUGUUGUUUGCAAUGCUUAAUCAAUCAACAUGAAUUUUUGGAUACUGGGUAAGCUCAUCCAAUCAGCUCUCAUAUUUAUUGAUUUUUUUGUUCCACACUUUCAAUGUUUGGAUCUCAUUAUGACACUGUCAUUGUAAAAACAUUGGAUAGAGUCAUUGUUAAAUAGGCUUGGAAACUUGCUUUUAGGCCAUCUUCAUUUUGGAUGUUAGGAAAAGUGUGAAGACUUUUGACUAUGACAUGAAAGUUGUGAAUGAUUACAUUGAGUUGACUGUGAUUCCUAAAGCUACAAGUCUCAACUGUGCAUAUACUUGUUGCCUGAAGAACUUCAAACUAUCAAAGUUCAUUUUGAACGUAAGAUUAUUGUUUCAUGUGUUAACAAUAUAGAGCAUGGUUCUUAAAUAAAACUCGCCACAAGACUGUCACUGAAAUUCUCUUAUGACACUGAUUGCUUCAUAUUGUUGUUGAAACAUUGUUUCCACUGAAAUUAAUUAGUGUCUUAUAUCUGUAAAUUAUUCAGAGCACUUUAAGUGUGUACAGCAACCAUUAUGUUUUAUUUAAGAAAGGAGAUUGAGUUUUUCUGAGGUAACAUGAAUCCCACAUUUAAGUUUGGACUUUCAUUAGUUGUUAUAAACACUUUGUAAAUAUCUUCCUGCUCAACUCAGAGACUGCUCAGUACAUGCAGCUAGUGCGUUGACUGAUUGGCAAUAGUGCUCUUGUCAAUAUUCAACUGUUGAUUUGUUGUUGUAUUUGUUUUUAAACUACAGCUAUGGUUGUCUUUGGCUCUUAAAACUAUGUAGACUCUUAGCAAAAGCAAAAUAUAUGUUUCUAGUUCUGAGUAAAUGGUCCAUCUGGCUGGGAGUUGUUUCAGAUUGAAAAGUAAAAAGGUUUUUAUUUUCUCUCUCUAGUAGCUAUGAGUCCAUCUGAAAAUAUAUUAUGGGGAGGGGGGACUAAUAGGUCUUAAUGAAGGAAAAUGUGUAGUGACUUAUGGGGAGGGGGGACAAAUAGGUCUUAAUGAAGGAAAAUGUGUUGUGACUUAUGGGGAGGGGGGGGGGACAAAUAGGUCUUAAUAAAGGAAAAUGUGUAGUGACUUAUGGGGAGGGGGGACAAAUAGGUCUUAAUGAAGGAAAAUGUGUAGUGACUUAUGGGGAGGGGGGACAAAUAGGUCUAAAUGAAGGAAAAUGUGUAGUGACUUAUGGGGAGGGGGGACAAAUAGGUCUUAAUGAAGGAAAAUGUGUAGUGACUUAUGGGGAGGGGGGACAAAUAGGUCUUAAUGAAGGAAAAUGUGUAGUGACUUAUGGGGAGGGGGGACAAAUAGGUCUUAAUGAAGGAAAAUGUGUAGUGACUUAGGGGGGGGGGAUUACUAUUUGUAUUACUGUUAGCCUUAAAGAGUCAAAGACUGUAUGCCAUAGUUAACGGCUGGGAGACACUUUCUCUGUCUGAUCUUGACUUGGCCACUUAAAGUUGUCUCCAGCUACUAAUUGCUCACUUGUCCUAGUGACAUCAUCCAAUAUUGCUCUCUGAUUUCAUAUGGUGCUAAAACUUUGCAUUAUGGACUGCAUUAUGUAUACAUAUUUAUUGAAAUAUAUAUAUAUAUAUAGAUGGUCUACACAUUUUAUCCAUUGUAACUACGUACUCUACAACUCUUUAUUGUAUAUAAUCUACUCUACUGGUGCUCUCCAAUGAUAUAACGUUGUUGAACAAAUAAACUUUCUUUAUACACA